CACAUAGUAGAAAGGAAAAAGACAAAAAGAAAUUUCGUGUUAUGAUUGUACAGUAGUGAUCGUGAUGGAGCAUGGCGAUGAAAACCAAGAAGCCCCGUGUUUCCUUCCAGUCAUUGCACGAUUGGAUCGCCUCGAUCGUUUGAUUCAGCUUUUGGCAGAGAAGCAUAGCUUCUCAAAGAGUGGUGUUUGUGCAAUUGAAAGCAAAAAUGAGUGCAAGACUCUGUCCUCAGCUCUAGAGGAAGUCCAUCACAAGGGCACGCUUAUGGAGAGACUCGCUUUCCUUGAAAAACGGGUACUUGAGUUGAGUUUGGAGAUUGUCGAAGGGAACACCACGUCGAGAUCCAGCUCUUCAACAGUGCAAGGUCCAGAAAUGAUUGGUAAAAAUGGGAAUGGAGACACAAACAAUAAACAACAACCGGAAGAAGAUCACUCCACAAUCCAAGCACAAGAAAAAGCUUCUCCUGCAGAUGGAGUUGUGAAAGAGAUAACAGCUUCAUACAGAAGCAGAAGACAGAAAACAAAAUCACAGAAGAAGUGGCAAUGGCUGUUCAGACACACAUGUUGACCAUUUACAUUCUGCAAUAAUACAUACACUUGUAUACGUGUGAGUGUAUGUCGAAAUUCACCAACAGUGUUUGUAAGGAAAGAAACCAAAUAUUGACAAUAAGUGCAGCUUUUAUAAAGCUCUCUGUUGACUA